AUGUCAUCAGACAUAGAUAUUGAGGAGCAUGAUGUAUUAGAGCAUCCCUCUAUCAAGAAGAUAUUUCCUGACCUGUCAUGGUUAAAAACAGAAUUUUAUAGUCUGGAUGAUGAAGAAUCAACGGUGUUUAAAAACAUUAGAAUAGAAGCCACUUCAGAAUCUAAAUGCUUUGAAGAGUUUGGUCAGAGAAAUGACCCAGUACAAGAUAGUGAAGACGUAAUCGUUUUGGAUGAUGUACAAUGCCCCGAGGUUGAAGAAAUAAAUGAAUUAUCCCUUGAGACGGACAUACGGACACGGAAUGUAGACAUGGAACCAAUAAUUGUAGAAGAUGAAGAAUGUGAAGAUGCAUUUGAAACAGAUGAUCCAAUAAUCCAUGAAAUUCUUGAUUCCGAGUGUUCUGAUGAUAUUGACGAUAAACAAGACUCCUUAUUAACUAAAAACACGAUUGUUCUCGGCUCAAACAUCCCAAAUAAAAUGAUAAUCGGCUCAAACGUACCACAAAAAGUCGUUGGCUAUAACAAUCCAGAAUACAGCGGUUCAAAUGUCACUAAAACCAGUCUCGUCUCUGAAUUUGGGAUCGAAAGAGAUCCAUUCUCCGCAAAGGUCAUAUUGAAGGAUUGGGGAUAUAUAUUGAAAAAACACCCAUUUUAUUGUGACGAAUGUUUGAUUCUGCUUCCUACUCAAUCCGCUUCAAACGCCCACAAUGCGUCCGAACAUUCCCUCUUAGUGCCCAUAGAAGAAGUAGAAGUCGUGACACACGACUCACAAAUAGGAGAUUUAGGACUAAUUAUCCAAAAAUGCCCGAUUUGUAGUUAUAUUUUUAAGACGCCUCGCAAUUAUCUCGCACAUAUAGAAAGCAAACAUGACACGAUCAAAUUAGAGCCAAUUCAUGAAGUUUUUCAUGGAAAUUGCAUGAUGUGUUCGGACAAACAUUAUAAAACGGUCAACACUUACUGUAAACAUAUAACCAAUUGUCAUAGUAAGGUUUAUCAUAGAAUAUGCUCAGAUAUCGAUCCAAGAAGUACGACAAAUGUUGACGAUACAAUUUUAAGUAGCCCUAAUAAAGCUCGGAAAAGUACGGCAAAGUUGGACAGAAUUAACAUAGCAAGAAAGAGCACAACGAAACCGGGCGAAGGGUACAAAAACGUAGCUCUCAAGAGCACGGCUAAACAUUCAAAAAAUAUCGCUCUGAAAAGUACAUCAAAACCGAUACAACCGAGACGCAUAGCGGUCAAAAGUACGUCUAAAAGCGAAAGCAAGACAAGCUAUUCGAGACAAUCUAAUGAACACAUAGAAAAUCCAAAAUUAAAUUACAUUUGUCCAAUCUGUGGGACUUACUACCGACACAUUUGGCAAUAUGUCACCCAUUGCAACACCGAACACCAAGCCGUAUACUUGUCUCCCAAAAGACUCCGUUUCACGGGUUCAUGCGAGUGCGGCUUCAAGACUACGGCAAUAAAACACUUAAAUACUCACAUAAGCAAAAAACACAAAAAACUUUUUAAGAAAAUAGCGACGACCCUUCAGGAAUAUUACUGCCUCGAGUGUGACAUUACGUUUGCGACGCUCAACUCUUAUAACAUUCAUAAAAUUAAACACAGUCACAAAGUUAAAGAAGAAAACAGAUGUGACCGAAAAAGUCACCAAAUGGAAGAUUUCUUACAGUUUAAGGAUACAGAAACGAUAUCGGAGCCAAAAGACGUUGGAGACGAGCAGAAAGUUCUAGAAUUAACUGAAAAUAACUUUCUGUAUUAUUGUCACGAGUGCAAGUCGUAUGAUCCUGCUAAACAUGCGGAUUACCACAGAACGAGUGUGUGCCUACAAAACAAAAGUUUUCGUAUUUGCCGAUUCUGUGGUCUGCGAUUUUCUCACGAAAGUUUUGCCGACCAUAUUUUGGGGCAUCAGAAUAAUAGCUUUGAUCUCAAUAGUAUACAAUUCAUAGAUAUACAUACCGGAGAAGUUAUGAAACCAAAAAUUCCCGAUUGGAAUAAGUUUGCGGGUGAUUCCACAGUCAAACACUCCGGAGAAAAGCGCAAACGGGAAAGUUUAAAUGAGAAAACUGUGUACUGCGAAGAAUGCCAAGAGAAUUAUUACGAGCUUGCCUACAAGAUACAUCUGCAGUAUCACGAAACCACUAAUACUAAUUAUAUUGACGCUGAGAUCAUGCAGAAUGACAACUACACUAAAUGCACUAAAUGCAAUCUUAUGUUCGAUAAACAAUCCUUCGAGAGACAUAAAAAUCUUCACAACGGCGCUGAAAUAGAUGAGAACUCUUUUUGCGUGCUUUCGUUUGAUUUUGAAGAUUUACUCUCGGAGUCGUGGGAUAAGGUAUUUAAAGUGAUAAGUGAUGAGCAAAAAUCGCAUAUAUUGUCCAAAAGUGUUUACAAUUGCUACAGAAAUUUACGGCUCGAGUUGAGUUACGAUGGGCCGUCAACGCAUACGCUCUAUAAGUGCGCUGUCUGCGAUGCCAUCGUAGAGAAAGAGCAUCUUCUUGAUCACGCAUACAGCAAAGACGUGUGCAAAAACCAGGAUAAAUUCUCCUGUUCCUCGUGCGAACUAGCGUUCAUAACACGAGAGUCUCUCGAUGACCACGAAUUGCACCACUUACCAGAUACCAAAACCAGGAUAAUUUUAUUUAAUAAACCAAAGCACUUCUCGCUCAACGUCCGCUUGAUCCAACAGUCCAGAAUUUCUAAUUCAUCUGAUAGAAACAGCAAAUCCAAAUCCACGGCCAUCUUUUAUAAAUGUCUCCGUUGUGAAGCCGGCAUUCAACAUUUGUUGAAUAUUAAAACACAUAAUUGUUCAUUAAGUAAAACAUACAUGAAAUGUGAGCGUUGUGGGUUGAAAUACCGUCCCACGGCGUUGAACAGGCACAUUUUGCUUCACAAGAAGUGGGACAAAUUCUACAUAGCCCCUUUCAAAAACGGUAACCUCGUUUGGCAAGGUAAAACUAAAUUGCUGAGACUCUAUAAAUGCAAGAAAUGCAAAAUAUGCACCCAUAAAAAGCUACCUGCCCAUACCUGUAGACCUGAGAAUUCCCGUGCGUGUAGCUCGUGUGGUUUACAAUUUUCACAAAAGUCAUUUAAACAACAUAUGGAGCUGCACGUGAAAGCUCCGAAUUUGGCACGAAAUAACCUUCUUAUAAUACAAUACACCCCGGAUUUAACGUCUUUCGACUAUGAGCCAACAUCGCACGAAACAGAGAAAUCCAUAUCUGAUGAAUCGUCGAAUGCUAAACCAGUGACACACAAACAAAAGGAGCCAAUGGAAGAUAACCCAAUGUCACGCUUUCUAUAUAAAUGCAGUUGUGGCCUCUUGUUUUUGAAAUGGAACCAACUUCGAGACCACGUAAAGAAGUGCAGCGAUGACUUUAAACCAUCCCAGUGUAAAUGUGGGCUCAAAUUCCACACGUUAUCCCUACGAGACCACUUGAACGUUCAUUUGAAUUGCUCCUCUAUAAAGAACUACCUCGUCGCGCGCGUCAAUGUCGGCAAAGCUGCGAUUGCAAAUGCCCGGAAAAAUUGGCUCUGGUAUUGCACAGUCUGUAGAACGUAUUACAAUGAUAUCAAAAACCUCAACUGCCAUUUCAAAGGAAACGAGCCCGGUCCGAGUGAACGCUGCUCAAUUUGUAGAAUAACAAUAUCCAGUUCCAGUUUUGAAGAUCACAUGGAACUGCACAACGAAGAUAACGAAUUUAGCCACAAACAGCUUCAUAAACUGUCUUUGAGGAUGAUCGCCACAGAUGCCCUCAAGACGCCAGUUACGAAAAGGACUCCAACCUUAUAUCAAUGUAAAAAAUGCGAUGUACAUUUUAUUACUCCACAACAGCUACAGAGUCACUUAGUCCAACUUCGUCAUGAUAUCGAUACCAGAAUUCAGUGUACCAUUUGCCAUUAUUUCUUUGCUACGAAUUUCCUACGGGCGCAUAAGAUAACCCACCAUUAUAAGAAAAGAUACAAACGAGACGACUUUGUCAUCCAAACAAUAGAAAUCGCUGACGAGGAAGACAUUGACAGUAACAAGUUGGAGAUAAAUGAAAGCCGAACGAACCGUGGUCAGCCGACUGAGCCGAAACAUCACGACUUUGCGAAAACUCCAGAAAAUAUCAAGAAAGCAGUUUACAAAUCGAUUGGGAUGGAACCAUUGGAGGCUUUGAAAGUACUGCACAAGUGUGGCAUAUGUCACUUGUACUUUAUGGUGAAAAAUACCAUACUUAGUCAUCUAACACGACACUCGAAGACCAGUAAAAGAAGGCAAUCGAGCCACACCUGCUCGAUCUGCGGACUGGAAUUCAGCUCUCGGAGUCUCAGACGCCAUAUAUUUGUUCAUCAUAAGACGUUUAACUUGCAAGUACAAGAUUUCGAAAUACGCGUUUACACUUCUCCAGAAACUUUCACAAUUACACGAAUUAAAUCUAAUAAAAAACAAUCCAAGAAGCGAAAAAUUUUAUCUGAUAGAGUGGAACGAGCUAAGAAAAUUAAAUACGUCCCAUCUCCUCCAAAGCCUGAAGCCGUCGCCGCUUUGCAACCGACGGCCUCUAACGUUGCUCAUUUCGAAAACGCAUCCCAAAUCUUCAAAUGUGCGGAAUGCAACGUGUUCUUUACAAACUAUGGUAUGUGCUACGACCAUACCUUGAAUCAUAAGCCAUUAGAUAAUACUGAGUAUAUCAGCUGUAAGCUGUGCGAUUUUCAACUCUUGUGCGAAUGCCUAGGUGUACAUAUGAAGGGCCACAGAGAAGGCACGUUCAACAUAGGCGAGUUGCUCGUAAAGGAGUUUCAGCCGGGAGAGGGAGUUCCGUCGAUUAAGACAUAUUUGGCUCGGGAUUCAUUGGAAGCCAACGUGAUUAGUACCACCACUAAUUGCAGCUAG